GCCGGGAACGCACCUCCUCCUGCCGUCUUCCCACCCGAGGCUCAGAUCCUAUAAAGGCAGCGACGAGGCAGGAAGCGACGUUCAGUGUGUCACUCCCCAGCGCAUCCUCCUCGCAUCCGACAUGGCAUCGGCACUCACCGCCACCUCCACCGCCGCCGUCCUUGUCCUGGCGGUGCUGCUUCCCCUGGCCGCCAGCCCUGCCGAGGCCCAGAGUCACCAUUCCUCAUAUGGCCAGCGGUGGGCGCCGCGCUACAACCAGGGCUACUUUGGGCAGCGCUGGUCCCAGCCCUGGGCCCAGCCUCGCACCCUGUGGCAGACGGCACGAUCCAUCAUGCCUCGCUUCGCUGACGUGGCUUACGAGACCGCCAGUUCCCUCACCGUGCCCGCCCUCGCCCUGCUCACGCUCUUCAUGGUGUGGCCCGAGCAUAAGCACUACAGGAGCAGGAGGGACGCCGGCGCAGACGACUCGGAAGAUGCCAAGAUGAGCGAGCUGGCGGCGCACCUCGGCAAGAUGUUCGCGGCCGCCGUGGAAGGGGACGAGUGCAUGCAGCGAGUGGCAUGUGAGAUCGGCGCCGCUUCUUCCACUUCCCUCCACCCGCGCGAUCAGAAGCUUGUGGAAAGGCUGGUGACCUCCAUCGCUCCCGCCAAGUACACGACGCUCCUCAACAACUUCAAGGCCGGAGUCAACUCGAAGCGGUGCGAGAAGAACACCUGCAACGCCAUCGACUUCGGCCCCGACCAGUGAGCAGCCGAGAAGCCGGUGACGUCAUGCAGUUCAGAGUGGCUCGUGGGAAUCCUCAAAAAUGUUCUCUCGUCAGGAUUGGGUUCGUGGGUUGGGUCAGGCUUGAGGGAGGCGAAGGCAGAAUCUCGACUAUAUAUGGUGUUUUCUCCUCGUUUUCUCGUCUUUCAGCGUCCAUCAAAAGGUCUUAGGGUUGAGGAAAACGAAAGCAGAAUUCCAGUUAAUGUUUCCUCUUCGUUUCCUCGUCUUUCAGCGUCCAUUAAGAGGUUUAAGCUAAGGAACACGAAGGCAGAUUCCUGACUUGUGUUUCCUCCUCGUUUUCUCGUCUUUCAGCGUCCAUCAAAAGGUCUUAGGGCUGAGGAAAACGAAAGCAGAAUUCCAGUUAAUGUUUCCUCUUCGUUUCCUCAUCUUUCAGCGUCCAUUAAGAGGUUUAAGCUAAGGAACACGAAGGCAGAAUCCUGACUUGUGUUUCCUCUUCACCUCCGCACCUUUCAGCGUCCAUCAAGAGGUUUUAGAUAUAUUUUACUUAUCCUCACACUCGCAGCCGCAGUAGGAAAGCUUAAAAGGUAAAGGCAUAAUAAUGUUUCUUCUGUACUUUCUGAUCUCUUCGCCUCCAUCAAGAGCUCUUACCAAGUUUGUAUUCAUCGUCUUAAAACGCAAGAUCCUCGUUUUGUUUGGCUAUGAGAUUCUGAGGGACAUGAAGACGAGAUCCUAAGUGAUGCCUCUCCUUCGCUCCCCUUAUCUCUUACCAAGUUUGUGUUCAUCUUUUUAAAACAUCAGAUCCUCCGUUUGUUUGGCUAUGAGAUUAUACGGGACACGAAGACGAGAUCCUAAGUGGUGGCUCUUCUUCGCUCCCUCGUCUCUCAAGGUUCGUCAAGGGCUCUUAUGUGGAAGCUUUUAUCUGUCUUCACACUGGGCGUCUGGUUUGGCAUGCGCGCUCACCCCAAUCCCAAUCCCUUCAAGCCUUCAUCGCCACGCCCCAGCCGGCUCGCCACACCUUGCUGGUUUUCUGUCUUCUUGCCGAGGCUGCGGGUCACCUGAAGUACUAAACACACGCCAUAACGCCUCGGACACACGGGGUUUUGCCUCCCGCCGCUGCUGCUGUCUGGUUGGUUGGUCCCCGUUCGUCGCCCUCCUUAGCGGGGUGAGGUUGUCUGUAGCCUUAGCGAUUGUGACUUAGUUAGGUUUAGUUAAGACUUUGUUAGUUUUAAUCAUGAGUUUGUAAGGUUUAUUUAUGACUUCGUUAAGUUAGGUUACGUGUGGAAGGUUGUUCAGUUCUGAUUUUGUUAGUUUUCGUUAUGACUUCGUUAGAUUUAAGUACGUGAGGAAGGUUAUUUAUUUAGUGAUGGAAAGGCUGGGAAGAGAAUAAAGCAGCACGCACACAAACAAACAAACAAAUAACAAACCUCACACACACAUCAAAGGUUAACGGACGAGUAGUAUACAUGAAACGGUAUACAAAACUCCUUAGAACCAAAACAUGCUGAGAAUAUUCUUUAACUUAUCACUGGCGAAACACGGAUUAAAUUAAACACUAUUCUGAGUAAUAAGAGAGAAGACCCUGCCAGUUUUAUUAAAGUUGAGGUUCAUGGAGGUUAACUACGAAAAAUUGACUGUUUUUCAUACAUUACGACUAAACAUAAACAAAAUAUAUCUGGCAUCCUUAUCAAUAACUUCAGGCCGACCAACAAUAACAUGAAAUAAUAGUCUAACCUUAAACACAGGGGGAAAAAAACGUUAUAUCAGUUUUUCUUAGGUAACAUACACUCUCUUCCCUUCCUUGUUUUGUUCCCCUUGAAAUGAAACUGUGUUCUACGUCCAUCCAAUGUGUGUGUAUCGUACGUGUCUGUUAUUCGUUCACCCUCAAUAUGUUACGUUCGUGUCCAUUCUUCGUUCACCCUUAAUAUGUUAUCUACGUGUCUGUUUCUCGUUCAUCCUCAAAAGUGUGUAUUACCUACCUGUCUGUUCUCCGUUCACCCUCAAUAUGUGUUACGUUCUUGUCUGCCUCAUGUUCUCAUCGCCACACACGUUCGCUUCGGUGUGGUUCAGGAUUCCCUCACGUUCGGCAUUAUGGGUAUUGUUAACGCUCUCCUUCAGGCUCGUUAUCGAAUCGUCUUACACUAUAAUUUAAGGAUCGUUACUAAUAUGGUUACGUACAUUAAGUUAUUUAUGGUCCCCGCUGGUCGGGCACUACAGUACAGUAAGUUAUGCAAUUAUAUAAAGAAGUAAUAUAUAUGGGUGUGUUGACAAGC